GGUUUUGUAUGCAGAAGAGUGCCAAGUUGGUGCCAGGGGUGACGUUAGACCUCAUCGAGAAGAUCCCUGGCAGGCUCAACGACAGACGCACUCCCCUCGGAGAGCUCAACUGGAUCUUCACAGCCAUCACCGACACGAUCGCCUGGAAUGUGCUGCCUAGAGAUUUGUUCCAGAAGUUAUUUCGUCAGGACCUGCUGGUGGCCAGCUUGUUUCGCAAUUUCCUUUUAGCAGAGAGGAUAAUGAGGUCAUACAACUGUACACCGGUCAGCAGUCCCCGUCUGCCCCCUACAUACAUGCACGCCAUGUGGCAAGCGUGGGACCUGGCCGUGGACAUCUGCCUCUCUCAGCUGCCCACUAUCAUUGAGGAGGGCACUGCCUUCAGACACAGUCCUUUCUUCGCGGAGCAGCUGACGGCGUUUCAGGGUGGUUGACGAUGGGCGUGGAAAACAGAAACCCUCCUGA